AGUAACCACAACCAAAAACUGCCGUUUUCUGCCCUAACUUCCCCUCUUCCGCAAAACUCAAGGGAGGAGAGAGAAAAAACCAGGGUUUUGUAUAUCUCUCUCAAGCUAGGGUUUUGCAGCAGCAUUUGACUAACAAUGGCGAAGAAGGAGAGUAAACCCAAGCAUUCUCUCGAUGUUAAUCGAGCCAAUGCCUCCGACUUUGGCAGCCGUAGCGCCGCCACUGUGCGCCGUCUCAAGAUGUACAAAACUCGACCUUCUAGGAAUACUAAGGGCAAGAUUAUGAGCCAGCAAUUUCAGUCUAGUGAUUUGCCUGAUUCUCGUAUUCAACCUGAUCGUCGUUGGUUUGGGAAUACUAAAGUUAUCGUUCCAAAGGAACUCGAACAUUUCCGCACUGAGCUUGCUGGUCAAAUGUCAAACAACUACAACAUGAUAUUGAAAGGAAAGAAUCUUCCUAUGUCCCUUUUAAAUGAUCUUCCAAAGCAAAAAAGAGUUCAUCUUCUAGAUACGGAACCUUUUGAGAAUGCUUUUGGAUCAAAGGGGAAGAGGAAGCGCCCAAAGCUUCUGGUGACAGAUUACCAGUCUCUGGUGCAGAAAGCUGAUAGUUUACAAGAUGAAUAUAAUCAGAAAGUAGAAGCUAACCCUUCUAUUGAAGGAGAAGAUGUGGAUGGAUUCCGGGAUUUGGUUCGCCAUACGAUGUUUGAGAAAGGUCAAAGUAAACGUAUAUGGGGUGAACUCUACAAAGUCGUGGAUUCGUCAGAUGUUGUUGUCCAAGUUUUGGAUGCUAGGGAUCCACAAGGAACACGAUGCUAUCAUCUAGAGAAGCAUUUAAAAGAGAACUGCAAGCAUAAGAAUAUGAUCUUCCUGUUAAAUAAGUGUGAUCUGAUUCCAGCUUGGGCUACAAAAGGUUGGCUUAGAGUAUUGUCAAAGGAAUAUCCCACCCUAGCUUUCCAUGCUAGCAUUACUAAGCCUUUUGGAAAGGGUUCUCUUCUUUCAGUUCUGAGGCAAUUUGCACGGCUAAAGAGUGACAAACAAGCAAUAUCCGUGGGAUUUAUUGGGUACCCCAAUGUUGGAAAAUCAUCUGUUAUCAACACAUUGCGUACCAAAAAUGUCUGCAAGGUUGCCCCUAUACCUGGGGAGACUAAAGUUUGGCAGUAUAUCACGCUCACCAAAAGGAUUUUUCUGAUAGACUGCCCUGGUGUUGUUUAUCAGAAUAAUGACUCAGAGACGGAUAUUGUUUUGAAGGGUGUGGUGCGAGUAGCAAAUUUACAUGAUGCCUCUGAACACAUUGGAGAAGUGUUGAAACGUGUAAAGAAGGAGCAUCUGGAAAGAGCAUACAAGAUUAAGGACUGGGAGGAUGAGCAUGAUUUUCUCUUUCAGCUUUGCAAGUUAUCGGGCAAGCUAUUGAAGGGUGGAGAACCAGACUUGAUGACAGUUGCAAAGAUGGUCCUUUAUGAUUGGCAGAGAGGCAAAAUACCCUUUUUUGUUCCUCCGCCACAGCAGGAAGAUGAUACAGUAGAGGAGCCAAAUGUUGCUGGUGAUGAAGAUGGAGAGACCGAGGCAGAGAAAGCAAAGUCCUCUUCAGCCAUGAAAGCUAUUGCAGAUGUUAUUUCAUCUCAGCAGCUGGAAGAAGUCCCAGUUCAGAGUGAUCUGUAUAGCGAAAAUGAGCUCAAGGGAGAGAUAUCUAAAGAAACUGUGAAUUCGGAGUAAUUAUUUUUGUUUUAUUUUUGUUUUUUGUACUUGUUUUUCAAAAAAAAUCUUAUUGAUCAUAGUAAUCGAACGGGUAUUACUGUGAGUGAAACAAAGAUAGGAAAGAAAAAUAUUAGUAGAUUUUGAUCUAUUGCUGCCCGGGUGGCUACAUCUUUUUGGUUAAUGUACUAGUCUACGUUAUUUAUGUAUUGGCUGCAAUUUAUUGCGACUUUGUUGUCAAUUACUCAAUUGUGCUGUGUGGU